AGAUUAGCCCGGCUCAACGUGCUCUGUAGACUUUCUGAACAGCCCGGUUCAUUCCGUCUGAACGGAGGAGGCUCCUGAUCCAACAGCCACCUAUUUUUGGUUCUCUGUCCCCGGGAUCUAAGCGGCUCGGUUUCCGUGUUACUGUGCGGCUCUUCAGUCCCAGAGGAAUGCCCAGAGAGCUGACCCAGAACAGGAUCCAAAAGAUUUGGAUUCCCACCAAGGAUGACAAGCCGGCUCCCCGCAGAGUGGUUGGCGCCCCACACUUCGCCAACCCCCCGACGGUCAUCGUGAUGGUGGGUCUUCCGGCUCGGGGCAAGACGUACAUUUCCAGGAAGCUCACCCGAUACCUCAACUGGAUCGGCAUGCCCACCAAAGUCUUCAAUGUGGGCGAGUAUCGCAGGGAGGCGGUCAAGAACUACAGCUCCUAUGACUUCUUCAAGCCUGAUAAUGAGUGUGCCGUGAAAAUCAGGCAGCAGUGUGCUUUAGCAGCUUUGAGGGAUGUCAAGUCCUACUUGAAGGAUGAGGGAGGCCAAGUAGCGGUCUUCGAUGCCACAAACACCACAAGAGAAAGGAGAGAGAUGAUCCUCAAGUUUGGCAGUGAGAACAACUUUAAGAUCUUUUUCAUCGAGUCUGUGUGCGACGAUCCCAACGUCAUCGCGUCGAACAUCAUGGAAGUGAAGGUGUCGUGUCCAGACUACAGGGACUGCAACAAGACUGACGCCAUGCUGGAUUUCCAGAGGAGAAUUGAAUGCUACAAAACCAGCUACCAGCCUCUGGACCCUGAUCAACACGACAGGGAUCUCUCCUUCAUCAAGGUGAUAGACGUGGGGCGGCGUUUCCUCGUCAACCGGAUUCAGGAUCACAUCCAGAGUAAGAUCGUGUACUACCUGAUGAACAUCCACGUCCAGCCCCGGACCAUCUACCUGUGUCGGCACGGAGAGAGCACCGACAACCUGGAGGGGCGGCUGGGCGGUGACGCAGGCCUCUCGCCGCGUGGCAGACAGUUUUCGGCUGCCCUGGCUCGGUAUGUGGAGGAGCAGCAGCUGAAGGAUCUAAAGGUUUGGACCAGCCAGCUGUGUCGCAGCAUCCAGACCUCCGAGCACCUGGGAGUCCCGUACGAACAGUGGAAGGCUCUCAACGAGAUAGACGCUGGAGUGUGUGAGGAGAUGACGUAUGAUGAGGUGAAGGAGAAAUUCCCAGAGGAGUUUGCUUUGAGAGAUGAAGAUAAAUUCUACUAUCGCUAUCCUGCUGGAGAGUCCUACCAGGACCUGGUGCAGCGGGUGGAGCCGGUCAUCAUGGAGCUGGAGAGGCAAGAGAACGUCCUGGUUAUCUGCCACCAGGCCGUCAUGCGCUGCUUGCUGGCCUACUUCCUGGAUAAGAGUGCAGAUGAGAUGCCCUACCUGAAGUGUCCCCUCCACACAGUGCUGAAGCUCACCCCGGUCGCCUAUGGGUGCAAAGUGGAGUCCAUCUCUCUGAAUGUGGAGGCAGUGAACACUCACAGAGAAAGGCCGGAGGAGGUGAAGAGGGGCCCUGGCACCUUGAUCAGGAGGAACAGCGUGACUCCUCUGACCAGCCCCGAGUCAAACAUUAAGAAACCUCGCAUCGAUGACCUAGACGAGGCUCCAAUCCAGGAGCUGCCGCCAUCUGUUGCAUCACUGGCACUAUGCAGCCCCUCACACCUCCCUCUCGCCCUGGCUGGACAGAACCUGAGAAGCUCGUCCAGCCGCCGUGAAGUCCUGCAACCCUGCCUGUGAAGUUCCACCAAUGUGUCAUGUGGCUCAAGAGGCCAGAAAGUGGAUCACGGACAAAGAUUCACUGAAGACCAUAAAAUGAAACAACAUGGAAAUGUAAAAUUGAAGAGUUAUUUAAAAAAGAGAAAAGAAGCAACAUCUCUCAGUAUGUCCGAUGUAAAGGAUCAGUUCGGUAACUGUUGUAUCAUUUCGUCAGCCAAGGACACAAGCUACUGAACCUUUUUAUUCAACAAGGACCAUGGUUAUUUAACUGCUGUCCCAGAAGAUAUUUAUGUUCAGAUACGUCAAGACACUCAGUUCUCCCUUUGUUGCUAUUGUCAGACUCUUCUUUUUGCUCUGAGACUGAAACAUUUGUUUUCUGGGAAAUGGUCAUUCCUGUUACAUCUCACAGUUCAGAUGGAUGGCUCUCUGGGAAACCAGUGUAUUCUGGUUUAUUAUUUUGGAGAGACCAAAGACCAACCCUCAUGCCUAGAUAAAACUUUCAGCUCAUACCACUUUUUUUUUUUUUCUCUCUAACUUAACUUAGUUGCACUGUUUAUUUUAAUACAGAGUAUAGUAUUUAGUUUACAAUGUAAACUCUUUGGCUCUCCUUUGGAAGCACUGGCAUUUUCAUGUAAAUUUACAUGCCUCGAUUGUCUCCUUUGUAUGCUGACACGCCACAAAAUAAGCGACAAUUUUGCACAGUGGGGAUACAUUUUUACGUUUGUUUGAAUUUUUGUGUUUUUCAAGUCCUGUUACUUCUCUUAAUGGAGGUGAUUUUUGCCGUAGAGUGCCUGUAGUGCUUGUUUUGCAAGCCUGACGCUGCUUCUCUUGCUAUGUCUCUGGGAUUGAAUGCUUGAGGAGAGGCCCCACAUUUUACCUAAUAAAUCCACAUAUCAUUUAAAUAUUUUCCUUUUCGCUGUUUGAAUAUACAUUAGUUUUUUUUUUUGUUUUUUUCAGUGUGUUUAGUUUCAGCACUACAGUACAUGCUCAUCAUUUAGUUCCCUCCACUGGUAGGAAACUUAAUUUUCAUGUUUUAUUUUCCUUGAUUUCCUUUUGCUGUCAUUGCCUGCAACGCACAAAUGUAUGCACCUAUAUUUUUGUUAUAACAAUGCGUGCUGUUAAUAAUAUCUUUUGUAAAUAUUAAUGUACAUACAGUAUAACUGGAGAUGGAUGGGAGAUGACUUGGAACUCUUUUUAAUGAAAAUGUGUGUUUUUGUACUAAUGUGUUGGGACUGAAUGGAAAGCACGAUCUGUUGAGAGAGAAGCUGCCGCUUACCUCUCUCAGUAAACUUUUGUUAAGAUGUUUGCUUGAGAUACUUGAAAUGUGGUUUUUGUAAAAACUGUUUUAUUAUAUUCUUUAUUUAUUUUUUAUGUAGUUUUGGAUGACUGCUUGACGCAACCUUGUUUGAAUCUGAGGGUUAUGCAUGAGAGGUCAGCAUGUUGUACAGUUGAUUUUGCAUCUGCUGGACCAAUAAAUUAACUCUGGAAAAAUA